UGGUGACGUCAGAGGUAAACGGUAGGAGGCCUUUGUGUGGGCGGCGGCUGCUAGACUCGACGCUAUGAGCUCCGAGGCUCUCAAGCGCAUGUUGAGCGCUAUUCUCAUUGAUGUUGCCAAGGAACGCGAUGAAUGGACUGAGGAGAAUAGGCGGGCAAUCCUGCAAGAAUACAUGCAGAUAUUUGACGAGGUGUGGAGUGAGGCGAUGGACAUUUUCCAAGACCCUGAUGAAAUACGAAUCCGUGAAUCUGUGAGACAAGCAGUACGGGAUGGUCGGCCGUCUAGAGGAGAGACUCGAGAAACCAUUGAAGAUGUUGAGAUUCGCCAUGAGGGAACUCUUAUUGCCGUGACCAAGAAGCGCAAGAAAGUCCCAUCACGCUUUUCUGCUCUUCUAGGGAAGGCAGUAAGGCUUCAGAGUAAUGCUGCAGAAAAGCUGAAUGUGGACCUACCACCAACAGCUUUAUUGGAGACAACUGAUUCAACCCAAAUGGAGGAAUUUGAUGAAAUAUUCAAAAACGCUUACAGAAUAGUUUACGAGACUACUCGAGUCAUGCGACCACAUAUUCAGUGCCUAACAAACAUUGUUAAUGCAACUGAAACAGUUAUCAAUAAUGAUAAUCAUCCUGUAGAAACACUAAUCACCAACAUUGACAAAAUGAAUGUAAAAAAACACUGAUGCAGGAGAUUCUACGUCCUCGGAAAUUUUAAGACUGAAAAACAAUAAAAGAUGAAAUACAGCAAGGAUAUUAAUAAUGUACUUUUUUGACAUACAACAUUUGUUAAUGGAAAUGUUAAACUACUAAUUUUAAUAAAGUUUUUUUAUCUUGUCUAA